GGUUCGAACAAAAUAUUGGUACACCCGAGAGUGAUUUCGCGGGAGGUUGAUUACAGAGGAGAGUUCUGAUCAAACUUCUGCCCUCUGUUCCCAGAUCUUCCCUGAAGUGAAGUUUCUGUGGUCGGGAUUCGCUAUCUUAGACAAUCAUGCUGUCUGCGUUUGGUAGCUGAUAUAAGAAACUCGAUCAGACAAGAAGUGACGUCUGACGGAGAAAUCCAAAACAGAAGCGAAAACAAUGACGAGAGCCCUUCUCCUCAGAGCUCUGACGAAGAAGAAGAAGCUCGUCCCCCCCAACGCUCAUCGAUCCAUCUCCAUCAUCACCAACCUCUCUCGAUGCAUUAGCACUCUGAUUCUAGCGGAACAUGAGAGCGGUUCCAUCAAACCUCAGACAGUGAGUACAGUAGUUGCAGCGAACCAAUUGGGUGAGAGCUCUUCAGUUUCUUUGCUAUUAGCUGGUUCCGGCUCUUCUCUUCAAGAAGCUGCUUCUCAAGCUGCCUCUUGUCAUCCUUCUGUUUCCGAGGUACUUGUUGCUGAUUCAGAUAGAUUUGAGUACCCUUUAGCUGAACCUUGGGCAAAAUUAGUUGACUUUGUUCGGCAACAAAGAGGAGAUUACUCUCACAUCCUUGCUUCCUCUAGCUCAUUUGGCAAAAACAUACUACCCCGAGUUGCGGCUCUUUUGGAUGUCUCUCCUGUUACUGAUGUUGUCAAAAUCUUAGGACCCAACGAGUUUAUCAGGCCUAUAUAUGCGGGAAACGCCUUGUGUAGAGUUCGUUAUACUGGUCCUGGUCCUUGUGUUUUGACUAUUAGAACUACAUCUUUUCCUGUUACCCCAGUAACUGAGUCAAAGAAAGCUACUAUCUCUCAGAUUGAUCUCUCAAAUUUCAAAGAAGAAUUUGUGAGUAGAUCCAGAUACGUGGGGCAAUCAACUCAGGAUACAGAACGGCCUGAUCUUGGAAGUGCACGUGUUGUGGUUACAGGUGGAAGGGCGUUAAAGAGCGUUGAGAACUUUAAAUUGAUCGAAAAUCUUGCAGAGAAACUUGGCGGAGCAGUUGGUGCGACUCGUGCUGCGGUUGAUGCUGGAUAUGUUCCUAAUGAUCUUCAGGUGGGGCAAACGGGGAAAAUAGUAGCACCAGAGUUAUACAUGGCGUUUGGUGUUUCAGGAGCUAUUCAACACUUAGCUGGAAUUAAGGAUUCUAAGGUGAUUGUGGCAGUUAAUAAAGACGCAGAUGCACCUAUUUUUCAGGUAGCUGAUUAUGGACUUGUUGGAGAUCUUUUUGAGGUGAUACCAGAGUUGCUGGAGAAGCUUCCGGAAAAGAAAUGAGAAACUCUUAAGCUCUCAGGUUGCAGACCAUAGUAAAGUAGUGUACAUAGCAAAAUUGUAAUAAAAAACGGUCUGAAUAAUCAUUGUCAUAAUCUCUAUUUCACUUUUGAUUCUCUGCAACGAAUAUGAUACAAAAAAAUAAAACCAUUUGAAAAGUGUUUAACUUUCUAAAUGAAUUCUAUUUAUAUAAAUUUUCUUGUCAA